UGUGAAACCAAAUAGGGUAAACAAACAUCUGAUUAAUCCUUCCAUCUCAUAUUGUCUCCUCAUUAUUCUUAAGACAACCUACAAAAAAAAGGUUGAAGCAGCCAUUUUUGACUUUAGAAGCUUCAUUUUUCUUCCUCUAUACUUUGACUUCAAAAUAUUCAUCAUUCUCCAUUCUUUUAACGCUCUUUUCAAAUCAUCAGGGUCUCUUUAUACUUUUCCCGGGCAUUGGCUCUUGAAUGAUACCAGAAGAAGGCAGGUUAAAAGAGAGAGAGAGAGAGAGAGAGAGAGAGAGAGAGAGAGAGAGAGAGAGAGAGAGGAGAGAGAGAGAGAGAGAGAGAGAGAGAGAGAGAGAGAGAGAGAGAGAGAGAGAGAGAACGCGUAGGGAGGUUAUGGCUAUUGAGGUUUCUUGCUCGGAGGCUCCUGGUUCUGGAACCAGCCCAAGAAACUCUUUUUCCUACGAUUUAGACUCGACAGACGGUGAAGUCAGAUUAGACUCAACACUUCUUGAUUCAGGUUCGGAGAUUGAUUUCUGCUUUGGCUCGAGUUGUUCUGUUCAAGAAGUGUCUCCGGCUGAUGAACUCUUCUCCGAUGGCAAGAUCCUUCCCGUCCAGAUCAAGAAAGUAACCUUUCAGGUUCAAAGAUCAGCUUCGCUCUCAUCAUCAUCUUCUACCUCUUCCUCCUCUUCUUCAUCAUCGUUCUACAACGAGAGAUCGGCACCAGAAAAGAAGAUCAUGAGACUCAAAGAGCAUCUGUUGGAUCCUGACUCUGAUUCUGAAGACAAGCCAAAGGGACUGUUCUUGCAGUUCAAGAGAAGCAUCAGUCUCAACUACGACAAGAGCCGAAAUAGCAUCAGAUCGCUUCAUUUCCUGUCACGAAGCAACUCCACAGGCUCUGGUCUAAACCCUAAACAUAACUUGCUCCCCAAGGAAUCUCAUACCCCUCACAAGACCCACAAUCUUCCCAAACAAACUUCUCUUAGAAGAUCAUCUUCGCUCUCAUCUUCACUCCCUUAUAAGAAACCACCCGCCAGAAACAGCUUCGGUAACGGAAACGGUGGCAUUCGAGUUAGUCCGGUCUUAAACUUCCCGCCACCGGCGUUCAUCUCGAAUGUUGCCGACGGAUUUUUCAGCAUUGGAUCACUCUGUAAUGGUAACAUGAACAGAGAGACAACAUUAUGAAAAUAUCUUUUGUCUUUUGUGGCCUGAGAGGAGAGAAAAAUGUAAACAGAAAAUCUCUAUUUUUAUUUUUUUUUUAUUUUUUUUUUAUAUUUACUGUUUAUUGUAUAAUGAUGGAAUAUCGACAGCGCAUGUGAAGAUUAGACAUCAUGUGAGUUUUGUCUAUAUUUCCAAAAAAAAAAAAAAAGAAUAGGAACGCCUCGUUUGAUUGGA